UGUUAAAUAAGGAGCAAUGGUUUACUCAUUUUAUUUUUAGGAACAAAGGAAAGGGAGGGAAGGAGAAAGGGUUUUAUAAGAGGGAAAGGAUUGGGGUAAUGGAUUAAGAAAAAAAUGGCGUGCAGGGGCGUUCUUCGUUCAACCAUUCUCAUACAACCCAUUCUACACCAUCGUCCUUUCAAUUUCAAUUAUAAUAAUCACAAAUGCAGCAACAUUCACAACUGCACAACUAUUUCCUCUCGCCAAUUUCAUCUUCCAAAACCGCCUCUGUUUUCUUCUCACAACCAAACGCCGUCGUCUCACGACGAUCAAGAACAUCCCCCUCAGGAUGCUGUCUUGAAGGCCAUUUCAGAGGUUUCCAAGGCCGAAGGGAGGGUUGGCCAAACGACAAACGUGGUUAUUGGAGGCACUGUUGCCGAUGAUUCUACCAAUGAAUCGAUGGCUUUGGACCAGAAGGUGAAUUCCUACCCAACCGUUCGAGGAUUUACAGCCAUUGGAACUGGAGGUGAGGAUUUUGUGCAAGCCAUGGUUGUAGCUGUGGAAUCUAUUAUCGAACAACCAAUUCCUAAGGGUCAUGUGAAGCAAAAGUUAUCAUCAGGGGGAAAAUAUGUAUCCGUAAAUAUUGGGCCCAUUCAAGUUGUUUCUGGUGAACAGGUCUCUCUGUCUUGUUCCAUCCCUUCUUUCUUGCUCUCUAAAGGAAAUUUUUAUAGCUUAUUUUUUAUACUUAAAGAAUAUGAGGGAUAAGAAGGAUAAAAAUCCCCUAGUUGCAGGUCCAAGCUGUAUAUAAUGCCAUGAGGAGAGAUGACCGGGUGAAAUAUUUUUUAUAAUCUGUCCCAUUGUUUUGCAUAGAACGCAUCUGCAAGGUAUGUACAAAUUACAAAAACGCGUGCUUUCAACUAGUUAAGCAUUAAUUAACUCGUGAUAUCAUUGUAAUCAGAGUAAUCACGGGUGCAAAUUGGAUUUCUUCUGUUUUCCUAAAGAUGUAACAGUAUGAUCUGCUGCUAUUGGAUAAUAUAAUGGCCCCUACUUUUUUGCUUUUCAUUUUAGAAGGGAAAUUAGUAAUUUGAUGACAGACUAGGUUAGUUUUCAAGUUUUUUGGGUGGAAGAAACAAUUGGAGAAGAUAUUCAGAUUUCUUUCUACAGAGUAGGAUGUGGAGGCCUCUUGAGAUAGUGA